CAGCGGCUGCACCACAGCCGCGUAGCAGACGAGCCCAGGCCCCGCCCGGGACGGCAGCCGCGCCAUGGACGUUCCUAACUCCUCCAGCUCCCGCUUCUCAGUCGGCUCUGCCAGCCCCGGCCCUGUGCUCCUCUAUGCGAAAGAACUCAGGAAGUGGGAUGAGUUUGAGGAUGUGUUAGAGGAGAGGAGGCAUGGCAGUGACUUCAAAUUCGCCAUGAAGUGCUACACCCCGCCCCUGUACAGGGGCGUCACUCCCUGCAAGCCCAGUGACAUCAAGUCUACUGUUCUCAACUCCGAGGAGGUUCAUUACAUCAUCAAGCAGCUUUCCAGGGAGUCCCUCACAUCUGUGGACAUCCUCCGAGAGGAAGCCAGUAAGAUCCUAGAGGAAAUGAGUCACAAGCUGCGAAUGGGGGCCGUUCGAUUCUUUGCCUUUGUUCUGAGCAAAAUUUUUAAACAGAUUUUCUCAAAGGUGUGUGUGAAUGAAGAAGGCAUUCAAAAGCUACAACGAGCAGUCCAGGAGCACCCUGUGAUCCUGCUGCCCAGUCAUCGGAGCUACGUUGACUUCCUCAUGCUGUCCUUCGUGCUGUACAGCUAUGACCUCCCUGUGCCCGUUAUUGCAGCAGGAAUGGACUUCUUGGGGAUGAAGCUGGUCGGGGAGCUGCUCAGGAUGUCGGGGGCCUUCUUCAUGCGGCGCACCUUUGGGGGGAACAAGCUCUACUGGGCCGUCUUCUCCGAGUAUGUGAAGACCAUGCUGCGGAAUGGUUAUGCUCCCGUUGAAUUUUUCCUCGAAGGGACAAGGAGUCGCUCUGCCAAGACCUUGACUCCUAAAUUUGGUCUCCUGAAUAUUGUGAUGGAGCCGUUUUUGAAAAGAGAAGUUUUCGAUACCUACUUUGUCCCAAUCAGCAUCAGUUAUGACAAGAUACUGGAAGAGACUCUUUAUGCCUAUGAGCUCCUAGGAAUCCCUAAGCCCAAGGAGUCCACCACUGGCUUGUUGAAAGCUAGACGGAUUCUCUCUGAGAACUUUGGAAGCAUCCAUGUGUACUUUGGAGACCCUGUGUCACUGCGCUCUCUAGCUGCAGGGCGGCUCAGCCGGAACCCGUAUAACUUGGUGCCAAGAUGCAUCCCUCAGAAGCAGUCCCAGGAUGUCCAUGCCUUUGUCACUGAGGUGGCCUAUAGGAUUCAGCUUAUGCAGAUUGAGAAUCUGGUUCUGAGCCCGUGGCUCCUGAUAGUUGCCAUUCUACUUCAAAGCCAGCUGUCCUUGGACGUUGACACGCUGGUCGAGAAGACCCUGUGGCUGAAGGGCUUAACCCAGGUGUUUGGAGGCUUUCUGCAUUGGCCAGAUAACCAACUUCCUGAGGACGUGGUCCAGUCCAGCAUCGUUCUGCACUCCAACCUGGCCAGCCUGGUCAGAGGCCGGGUGGUUCUCAAAGUGGACCAUGAAGGCUCAGAAAUGGUCAAUGGACUCAUGUUCCAACACAUCACCCUCCUCAUGUGCUCAGCCUACAGGAACCAGCUGCUCAACGUCUUUGUCCGUCCGUCCUUAGUCGCUGUAGCUCUGCACAUGACACCUGGAGUCAGGAAAGAGGAUGUCUUCAGUUGCUUUUCCUUCCUACGCAAUGUGUUUUCAGAUGAGUUCAUCUUCCUUCCAGGAGACACGCUCAGGGACUUUGAGGAAGGCUGUCACCUGCUGUGCAAAGCUGAGGCUCUGCAGAUGGCCGGGAAGGACAUCGUGGCAGACAAAGGGCACACCGUGUUAGUGUUUCUCACGGGCCUCUUCACGCCGUUUGUGAAAUCGUACCAGAUGCUUUCCAAAUACCUCUUGCAUGAAGAAGAAGCCUACUUCACUGAGAGACACUACUUGGUAGCAGCCAGGAAGUUCGCCAGUCAGCUUCUGGAUCGAGGUGCCUCUCAGUGCUACGAUGCACUGUCUUCUGACCUGCAGAAAAACGCCUUAGCAGCCUUUGUGAGACUCGGGCUGGUAGAAAAGAAGAAGGUAGACGGUAUCUACUUGUUUAGUGUGAACAAGCCUGCCACAAGCAAAUUUGAAGAAAUGCUAGGAUGUAAGAAGGCGAUAGGAAAACCAGCCACUGCAAAACUGUAGGAAGCAUGAAGCAGCUGUAGAAAACUCAGCAACAGUCACAAAGGACUGACUCUGCCACAGAUGGGCACUGAGAGGAAGACUUGUCCUGUCUCCUGGAGACCUUGUGAGCCGGGUUCUGCCAAGAGGAGGGGAUGACCAGGAGCACCAGUCUGCUCUUCCUGACACAAGGGCUGCGGCAUUCAUGUCAACCUGUGUGUUCUAAAUAAAACAGUCUUUUGAAACAGUC